AUGAGUGAAACAUGGUUUAAUUCGCCGAAUAACAUGCCGUAUGAUAAUACGGGAAAUGUGCGCAAACUAGCUAUCGCUGAAAAAUACAAGCCAUAUCGGAUAUUGAUACCGAAUUAUUGCCCACCGUUUUAUUGCAAACCUAUCGAUGAUUAUCCGUUUGAUGUCCAAAAACACGUUGAUGAUGCAUCGCCUGAGAAUCUGGUCGUUAUACGCAAGCACUGGAGACGAUGGCAGCAGAACAAAAUGUUGGAAAAUUUCGACUUCUCAGGAGAUUUCUCUGGUCUACCGAUGAACCCAGCUGGGCGACAAGGUAUUGCUGGACGUGGCUGUCACAUAAAGUUCGGUGCCAAUUUGCGCACAGUCUAUGUUCUGCUGCGCGGAACCAAAAGAAAGCAAUUGCAGGUUUAA